AUGCUGCAGAUUGUCACGCCGAUUUUUCUUGCCACACUGGUGGCCAGCCAUGGGCAUAUUAGCAAUAUUGUCAUAAACGGUGUCAGUUAUGAUGGAUGGGAUAUUAACUCAUAUCCGUAUUCGUCUGAUCCGCCGACUGUUGUCGCAUGGGGUACUCCUAACACUUCAAAUGGAUUCAUUUCACCAGACGCCUACGCGACUGACGACAUUAUCUGCCAUUUGAAUGCAACCAAUGCCAAAGGACAUGCUGUCGUGGCCGCCGGAGACAAGAUUAGCCUACAAUGGACCACUUGGCCAGAUUCGCACCAUGGUCCCGUCAUCACUUACCUAGCUAACUGUGGAGAUUCUUGCGAGAGUGUUGACAAGACAACUCUGAAAUUCUUCAAGAUUGAUGGGGUGGGUCUUGUUGAUGAUACCACAGUUCCAGGAAUUUGGGGGGAUGACCAAUUGAUUGAAAACAACAAUAGCUGGAUGGUCGAAAUUCCGCCCUCGAUUGCACCCGGAAACUACGUGAUGAGACAUGAGCUUAUUGCGCUUCAUAGUGCAGGAUCAGAAGACGGUGCCCAGAACUAUCCUCAGUGCUUCAACCUGCAAAUCACUGGCUCGGGAAGCGACGCGCCUUCGGGCGUCCUUGGUACCUCUCUCUACAGUUCAACAGAUCCAGGAAUCCUGGUGAAUAUCUACGCUUCACUUUCGACUUAUGUUGUGCCGGGCCCAACUUUGUAUAGCGGAGCUGUCUCCAUCAGCCAAGCCUCUUCUGCGAUCACUGCUACUGGAACUCCGGUUACAGGAUCAGGAUCAGGGGGCGCCACGACGACAAGUGCUGGCACGACUGCGACCACAACUACAACCACUUCAUUGAACGGUGGAUCAUCUACCACGUCGUCUACUACUAGAGCUAGUACCACUACUUCUAACACUACUAGCCAAUCGACAACUUUGACAACCACGACAAGCUCCAGUGGAGGCAGUGCCUCAACCCAAUCAGUUUACGGCCAAUGCGGAGGUAGUGGAUGGUCUGGUGCGACGCAGUGCAGCUCGCAAGCAACCUGCACUGCGUACAAUGAUUAUUACUCUCAGUGUGUCCCGACCUCUUGA